UCUCAGGAAAGGCGGGCCGGUGUGACGGACAGGGGAGGUGGUGCCAGGCUCGUUGCUAGCCGCCGGUACUGUCCCCACGGCUCGGCGUUUCAUUGUCACCCGCUUCGGAGGCAUAGCCGAGGACCACAGGGCGCCCACCUUGCCAAGUCCGCCGGCCCAGCUCUCUAGGCCUUGCCCUCGCAGCCUCCCCUGCACAUGUAGUGGGGCAAGCCAUGCACCCCUAAGCUCCAGGGCCAGCCUGGUCCGGUGUCAGAUUUCACCCGAACAACCGGAAAUGUAGCUGCAGACACUGGCCGGCUAAGGGCCCACUGCCCACCAUGAAAGGCUGCAGGGCCCUCAGGAGUGCCCCUGAAGGCAGCCCCGAAUGCGCAGACCUGAGUCUGACAGGCCUUCCUCCGCCAUUGUACCGGCGCCCCAGCAGCGCAUCUGCUUCUAAGCCCUUUGUGCGCUCUGUCUCUGUGGCCACAGGCAGUGAACCCAGGAGGAAGGAGCUGGAGGCUGCAGGGUCUGGGGGCUCCAGGGCCAUUAACAAUCUUCGAAGAUCUAACAGCGCCACACAGGUCAACCAGCCCUGGGCUGCAUCACCCAGGCUGGCGGAGCCCCCUGACUUCCUGAUGCUGUUCGAGGGCAGCCCUGGUGGGAGAAGGAGGCUGGCGGGUCUGAGCAAGGUGUCUGGUGAAAAGGCAACCACUUGGAAUGUCCUGGAUGAGCAGCCCAGGGGACCAGGUCAAGGUCAGCGCCAGAAUUCCAGUGCCCUCGAUGCCCCCGUGGGCCCACAGAGGAAGGAGUGCACCCUGGCACCCAGCUUCACUGCUAAUAACAGGAGCAACAAGGCAGCUGUGGGCAACUGCGUCACCUCCAUGGUGCACAACCACUACACCCCCUCGGAGAAAGUGCACCCCCUCAAGAGCUCCAAUCAGACCACCCCCUCCCUCAACAACAUCAUCAAGGCGGCCACCAGUGAGGGCAGCGAGGGCAGCAGCUUCGGGAAGAACUUCUCCAGCAGCAACCAGGCAGCCCAGAGUGCAGCUGUGGGGAGCAGCACCCCACUCAGGCGGAAGGAAGUGACCGAGGAGGAGGCUGAGAGGUUUAUUUGCCAGGUAAACCAGGCUGCUGUCACCAUCCAGCGCUGGUACCGCCACCAGGUACAGCGGCGCCAUGCAGGGGCCAGAAGCCUGGAGCAUCUGCUGGAGUCCAAGCGAGAGGUCAGUGAGCAGCAGCAGCGCCUGGGUGGCAGGAACCUCUUGGAGCUGCACCAGCAGAAGGAGGCUGCGAGGAGGAAGGCCCGAGAGGAGAAGGCCCGCCAGGCCAGGCGGGCGGCCAUUCAGGAACUGCGGGAGAAGCGAGCCCAGAAGUCAGGGGAAGCUGCACUGCCCAAGGAAAGCCUGGAGACCAGAGCCCUGGGGCGACCGCUGCCCACCCGGGGGCCUCUCCCACUGCCAGGCAGUGCUGCUCGCCAGGACCCUGAGGCCAGCAACGCUGGCACCAGCAUCCACCCUGCAAGCCCCAGGGACCCCUGCCUGCCUGUCUCCAGCUCGUCCCCAGAGCCCCGGCAGUCUCCGGAGGACACGCUGCAGGGUAUCCACUCCCAGGGUGUGGCCAGCGAAGAUGCAGCGUCAGCAGCCCCUGUCAGGAGCAGGGCCAAGUCCGGGGUGACCCUGGACGAGCUGCUGGACACACUGCAACUGCUAGAGGAGGAGCCAGAGCCGCUGCCCCGCCCCAGGGCCUAUCAAAAGAAUAAAUACACUUGGUUCAAUGAGGAGGACAACACCAGCUCCCUGACAGCUGACAACCUGGAGAAAUUUGGGGAACUCAGUGCGUCCUCUGGUCCCCCCGAGGAAAAGACGCUGCUCUCAGAGGCCAAGCUGCAGAGUAUCAUGAGCUUCCUGGAUGAGAUGGAGAAGUCGGAGCAGAGCCGGCUGGCCCCCCAGCGGGAGAGACCGGUGCCCCAGGUGGGGCAGGGCCAUCUGGAGCUGGCAUCUAGCAGGAGUGCGUCUGAGAUGCGGCUGAAGCUGGAGGUGGAAGAGAAAAAGCAAGCCAUGGUGCUGCUGCAGAGAGCACUGGCACAGCAGCGCGACCUCACUGUCAGGCAGGUCAAGGAGACGGAGAAGGAGCUGAGUCGGCAGCUGCGGCAACAGAAGGAGCACUAUGAGGCCACCAUCCAGCGGCACCUGACGUUCAUUGACCAGCUGAUCGAAGACAAGAAGGUUCUGAGUGAGAAGUGUGAGGUGGUGGUGGCCGAGCUGAAGCAGGGAGACCAGCGGUGUUGGGAGCGCCUGGCCCAGAUGCAGGAGCAGCAUGAGCUGGAGAUCAAGAAACUCAAAGAACUUAUGAGCGCCACUGAGAAAGUCCGCCGGGAAAAGUGGAUCAAUGAGAAAACCAAAAAGAUCAAGGAGAUCACUGUCAAAGGUCUGGAGCCCGAGAUCCAGAAGCUCAUCGCCAAGCACAAGCAGGAGGUCAGGAGGCUCCGGGACCUGCACGAAGCAGAGCUGCUGCAGCGCGAGGAGCAGGCCGCACAACGCUACCUGCGCCAGGCUGAGGAACUGCGUGAGAAUGCGGAGCGGGAGAAGGAGGUGCUGGGCCAGCAGGAGCGCGAGCGCGCCCAGCAGCGGUUCGAGCAGCACCUGGAGCAGGAGCAGCGGGCCCUGGAGCAGCAGAGGCGGCGGCUGUACAGCGAGGUGGCGGAGGAGAGGGAGCGGCUAGGCCAGCAGGCAGCCAGGCAGCGGGCGGAGCUGGAGGAGCUGAGGCAGCAGCUGGAGGAGAGCAGCUCGUCUCUGACCCGAACUCUGAGGGCCGAGUUUGAGAAGGGCAGGGAGGAGCAGGAGCAGCGGCACCAGAUGGAGCUGAAGGCCCUGAAGGACCAGCUGGAGGUGGAGCGACAAGCAUGGACUGCCAGCUGUGCCAAGAAAGAGGAAGCAUGGCUCCUGAACCGGGAACGGGAGCUGAAGGAGGAGAUCCGGAAAGGCCGGGACCAGGAGAUUGAGCUGGUCAUCCGCCGGCUGGAGGCUGACAUGACACUGGCCAAGGAGGAAACAGAGAGGGCUGCUGAGAGCCGUGUCAAGCGUGUGCGCGACAAGUAUGAGACAGAGCUCUCGGAGCUGGAGCAGUCGGAGCGGAGGCUGCAGGAGCGGUGCACGGAGCUGAAGGGGCUGCUCGGGGAGGCCGCGGGGGAGAAGGAGCGGCUGCAGGCCCUGGUGCGGCAGAAGGAGAAAGAACUGGAGGACGUGCGGGCAGUGAACACGCAGCUGUCCGGCGAGCGCAGCCGCGUGACCCAGCUGGUCCGCCAAGAGUUUGUGGACCAGCUGGCGGCCUCUGAGGAGGAGAACCGGCAGGUCAAGGCCGAGCUGGCCAAGCUGCAGGCCCGCCAGCAGCUGGAGCUGGAUGAGGUGCACCGCAGGGUGAAGAUAGCCCUGGCCAAGAAGGAGGAAGCUGUGAGCAGCCUCCGGAGACAGCAUGAGGCCGCGGUGAAGCGGGCUGACCACCUGGAGGAGCUCCUGGAGCAGCAUAGGCGGCCACCUCUGAGUGCCAAGUGAUGCUGCCAGCGGAAUGGAAGACAGACCAGAGGUGGUGCCCAGGCCACGCCCACCAAACGGGCUGCGCAGCAGGGAGCCAGCGCUGGCUGAGAUGUGCCUCUGCCCACCCCUCAGGACACCUGUGCUCAGAGUGCCUGCAGCCGUGUUCACAGUAAAAGAGGCCAUGGUUUCCAGUGUUUUGUGUGAUCUGCCUUUCUCUCGUGGGCGUGGUCCCCAGAGCUGGCUCUGCCCCCGCCCCUCCCUUCACAGCGCCCUGUCCAGCACCCUGCCUCGCCCUGUGAGCCAGAGCUGGCUUCUCGUCCGAGCACAGAGCACCCUUUGUCUCCAGCGGCCGGCCAGUAGCUCUCACGCCUCACCGAGUCCAGGGCCACUGUUGUGCCCCCUGGCAGGAGAAACAUGGAGGGAGUGGGCGGCCCUCCCAGGACAGCCUGUUCCCCAGCACAGAGUGUGUCCUUUGCACGUGGCACCGCCACCGCAGAGCCCACCAAGCACCCUGCACCUGCCCAGGUGGCCCGCUGGCAGGCAAGAGUGAAGACUGCAGCCCCACAGGUGGAGGCAGAGAGCCGGGGAGGAGGGUCCUCCAGGAUGGCCACAUUCUCACGGGAUCAGGCUUUGGGUCAGCUGGGAUGCCACCGACACCCACCCUGCCUCCCUCCCCAUCAGGAAGACCCCUCCUCCCGGGCCUCA